UUAAAAACUCACAUUGAAUCUCAUGUGCUCUUCAAGCAUCCGCAAAUAUUCCUCUCUGCCCGCGCUGGACUGCAACACAGUUUCUGGGAGCAUGAACGUCUCGGGGAUACAACACGGGGUGCUCAGGAUGUACGGUGGAUUCAUUUUCAAACAGUGGAAGAAGCGGUUUCUGCGUCUGACCGUUGAAGGCAGUCUUCUCGUAUGCCACGAUGCACUGUCUCCACCUAAUCAGAUUGUAUUGCUGCAAAGCAACUGUGAGGCCAUUGUUGAAGGCAAGGAGAUCCUGGACCUGCCAAAAUUACCGUCUGGUGCCUCCAGAGACAGCUGCUUUGCCCUGAUUCUCACCGAGAAUAAGUUCCUGCUACUGCUGGCUGACACCGCCGCAGACUGCAGUCAGUGGCUGAACGUGUUGAAAAAAGUCAAAAUGAGUCUGCCAUCACCCCUCAGCCCUUGUAAGCGCCACCAGGUUUUACCGCCACACAUUACUCUCCGAGAUCUGGUCCCUGAGCAAAUCCUGGACAAAGAUCCACCAACUCCUCCUGUAAGUGACACGGAGUCACACUCUCCAGGACCAACAAGCAAAGGCUCCCCAAGAGAGAAUGGCAGAAAUUCCCCACGGACAAAGAAUUACAGACGGAGUGCACAGGCGGUAGGAUGUUUGCGUCACGGCACUCUCAAUAAUGCCCAAGCGAUGAAGGCAGUUUAUAUGCUGAUGGGAGGGGCGGCGGCCUCCUCUGCCCUGGGCUACCUCGGAGCAUGCUCAUCUUCUAAUCUGGAUGUCAAAGCCGACCUGACGGCCAACACGGAUUUCUCCGGCACGGGACCUGCCGGAGCGUACGACCUCGGAAGCUCCACGCUUAACUCCCCCCACUUCAACAGCUUUGACUUUGAGGUGGCAGACUCUGAUUUUGAUGCUUUUGAUUGUGGUGGGUUUUCUUUUUAACGAUCCGAGGUCUGGAUGAGUAAAGAUGGGACCAUCUCGAAUGAUUCCCAUUUUUCUUUUAUUGUUAUCCAAGUGACAAAAAGCAUAUGGAAGCUUAGCUUAGAGGUCAGCCUGCGCUUUGCUGUAAGCCAGGUUGAUGUUCUGCCGUGGCACAUUUGCUAGGCUUAAGGGGAAGGCGGGCCCAAAAUUUGCGGUCGAGAGGAUAAGCACAUCUGACUGAUCAUUUUGAAGUUGAUCACGACUAAGAACUCCAUCUCGCUGCCUCACUUUAUUUUCGUGUUGUGUUGUUCUUGUUGCAAAAACGUGUAUCAUAGGCGCUUUUAAAACACCGGGCCAAAAAUCUGUAGUCGUAUAUUUUUAUCUUCGAUAAGAGACUGUGUUGAUGUUGUUGGUGUUUUCAUUCUGUUUUGUCUACAACAGUGAUCGUACAUUUACAUAAAUGUGAGUAAUCCGUAAAGUAACAUUAAAAUCAUAGCUGUCUCUUUAACAGACAGCUUUGAUUCAACUCUUAUGAUGCGGCAUAUUGCGUAAUGUUUAAGGAGCAUUAUUGUAUAACCCUUACUGAAUUCAAAUGGAUCUGCAGGAUCCAGAUUUUUUUUUUUUUUUUUUUUUGAUUUUGUAACAUCGCUAUGCAGAGAAACCACAGAACUCUUCUACAGCUAUUUGUUUUGUCUACAGCUAAGCUGUUCCCUGCAGUCAUCCACUUGUCAUCCUGUGGCUCUAUUGUGUGUUACUUAAACCAACUUGAUAUGGACUUUAUUUAAUUUUACAUAAAGGAAUAAAGCUGUUGUGUGGAAUUUU